CCUGUCAUUGGGCUGCUCAGCUCCGGACUCUCUCACACACACCGUCCUGACUCUCUGUCGACAGCAGAGAAAAGCUAAGAGUGUUACCUGACUUUGAUCGGAGUGUUUGACAGACUCUAAACCAUGAGUGUUUCGCACGAGACCUGCCUCCUGGACCAGGUGCUGGAGCUGAUUAUGAACGAGAAGCCCCCCAACAGCGCUAGUCUUUUCCUAAACGAGGACGCGGACAAACCCACCCUGCCAGAGAGUGGAGACUUGAGGAGGCGACUACGCAGGGCCAUGGAGAAGAGAGCUAACAGCAUGAAGGAGAGGAUGAGCUCCAUCAGCAGGGACAGCGUCAAAGGUUUCUUCAAGAGGAAUCUGUUUGUUCUCUUCACUGUCGCCGCUGUGGCUCUGGGUGUAAUCCUGGGCUUUGCCCUACGUCCCCACAACCUGUCCCUGAGGGAGAUCAAGUACUUUGCCUUUCCUGGGGAGCUCCUAAUGAGAAUGCUACAGAUGCUGGUGCUGCCUCUCAUCGUCUCCAGUCUGGUCACAGGUAUUUCCUCCUUGGACAGCAAAGCGUCGGGUAAGAUGGGUGUGCGCGCAGUGGUCUACUACAUGGUGACCACCCUGAUCGCUGUGUUCAUUGGCAUUGUCAUCGUGAUAAUCAUCCGGCCGGGGAAAGGCAGCAGGGACAGUCCUGUGGCCAACGGUGGAAACAUAGAACCAAUUCAAGCUGCCGAUGCUUUCCUAGAUCUCAUCAGGAACAUGUUUCCACCCAAUCUGGUAGAGGCCUGUUUCAAGCAGUAUAAAACUGUGUACAAGAAGAUUGUGCACACAAGGAACGUGACAGUGACCCUGAACCUCACUGACUCUCUCAACAUGACAGAGUCUAACCUUAGUGUGAACCUCAGCAGGGUGCUGCACACCAUACAGGAGACAGUGGAGGAGACUGUCCCUGUGUCCAGCUCCUCUGCUGGAGUGAAUGCUCUGGGUUUGGUGGUCUUCUCCAUGUGCUUUGGUCUGGUCAUUGGCAACAUGAAGCAGCAGGGCGAGGCCCUCAGGGACUUCUUUGACUGCCUGAACGAAGCCAUCAUGAGGCUGGUGUCUGUCAUCAUCUGGUAUGCUCCAGUGGGUAUCCUGUUCCUGAUUGCGGGGAAGAUUGUGGAGAUGAAGAAUCUGGCGGAGGUGGGCGGCCAGCUGGGGAUGUACACUGUGUCAGUCAUUGUGGGUCUCCUCAUCCACGGCCUCUUUGUCCUGCCACUGCUCUACUUCCUGGUGACCAGGAAGAAUCCCUACAGCUUCAUUGGUGGCCUGCUGCAGGCGCUCAUCACUGCUCUGGGAACCUCAUCUAGCUCUGCUACUCUGCCCAUCACCUUCCGCUGUCUGGAGGAGAACAACCGUGUGGAUAAACGAGUGACACGUUUUGUCCUCCCUGUGGGUGCCACCAUCAACAUGGAUGGCACUGCCCUGUACGAGGCUGUGGCAGCCAUCUUUAUUGCUCAAGUGAAUGACAUGGAAUUAAACUUUGGCCAGAUUCUCACCAUCAGUAUCACAGCAACUGCUGCCAGCAUCGGAGCAGCAGGCAUCCCUCAGGCUGGCCUGGUUACCAUGGUGAUUGUAUUGACAUCGGUGGGACUGCCCACAGAGGACAUAACACUGAUCAUCGCCGUGGAUUGGUUCUUGGACCGUUUGCGCACCACCACCAACGUGCUGGGUGACUCACUUGGGGCUGGCAUUGUGGAGCACCUGUCCCGUGGAGAGCUGCAGAGUCAGGAUGCUGAGGUGCGCAACUCUGUAAUCGAGGAGAAUGAGAAGCCCUACCAGCUUAUCUGCCAGGAAAACGAUACCCUCAAUCACCACAGCAGUGAGACAACAAUGUGAAGACAAGAGUUACACCCUUAAGGGCUUCAUGUACCAAAAUAAUUUUAGCUAGAUGGUUGGCUUGCAAUUGUGCAGGGACAGUCUUAGAAAAUAAUAGUUUUUGGUCAACACAGCCAGUACUUGGGGCAAGUCCAGCCCGGGGCUGGUACACAUGCUGUUUAGGAACAGUUCGUACAUCCGAUGCCUAAAAUCUGAUUCAGUGUUUUUGCCUUGGGGGCGUUUUGCUGUUUGAUGACUGUUUUUUAUCAUGUUUUAAUAGAUUUGUAUAAUUUACGAUCCUUUCAGUUAGAGUAUCCUAAACUCCUUACCAGCAUUAUUGUAGAUAAACAUCACCACUAAUCAAAAUUAUGCGAACCAACUAAUUUUCCAAUCUAGUGAAAAUGUAAAUCUGCAUAAUUUGGCUAUUGCUGUUGCAUGACUUAACACUUACUACAUAUUGUUUCUUUUGCAAACACUUUUUUUUUGUCUUUCGCAUUAUGACUACCUCUACUAGGACUUAGAUAUGGAGCUUCUACAGCACUAUACACAAAAAUACUCAAUGGAGCAUAUCAGCAGGAUGUAAAUACAUCAUUUUCAGAAUUGUUUAGGAUCCUGUAUUUAAGUUUUGAAUAUUAUUGUGUUAUUUAAGUUUGCUUGCUAACAAUGUAAUUGUACAUCUUUUUAUGUACUUGACUGUUAAACAAUGGAGGUGUGACGGAGAAUCUUGUGACAGAGAAUCUCUACUUAUUUUGAAGUUGAUAUAUUAAGUGACUUGGUAGAAUGUUUUUCACUUAGUGGUAUCUUAUGUAUGUAUUUCUUGUAUUUAUUUGGUGCUAUUGCUUUUAAACCAUAAGUACAGGACAAUACUGCUACACAGACAUUUUACAGGAAUCUUUGUAGUUAUAGCUGUUCAGAAACUUUUUUUUUUUUUUUACUUCAAGCACUUAUCCAGAUGUCAUAGAAGAGGAAGAUAUCAAAGAACAGAAUGAUCAAUUUUUGUUUAUUUUUUUCUUAGGUAAAAGUUUUAAUUUUUCCAUGUUAGAUAUUUUUUGAUUACUGAUGGGAGUAUAAACAACUGUAGUUUCAAGUUCCAAGACCAUUAGGUGACAUUUUGUUGUUGGUAACAACAAUGUGCUUAACAUCAGUAUUGUCUGUGUUUUCUGCUUUAUAAAUCACAUAUUUAAAUGUGUUUAGAUUUUGACUGGAAUAUAUUGCAAGCAAAUGAUUUAUUAAUUUUUUAUUGUUUUGUGAAAAGGUACUGUGAAGAAAGCCUUGAGGAAUUGAAUGUGCAGUUGUUUUAUGCUUUUUGGUGUUAAUUGUUUUAGGCUAAAGUGUAGUGUAUAAUUAUGAAAGUUAUAUACCAUUUAAUCGAAAGCUCUUCUGACUUCAUGUCACUUCACGCUCAUUAAAAGGUUUGUUAUUUCAGUGAAUGGCUCAACAUUUUGAUGGACAGCUUAUGAAAAAUGUGACAAAUAAACGGCUCAGGAAUUGAA